GCCUCUCAACAUCCCAUCAUGAAGCUCCUGCUGAUCCUGCUAGUGUUUGCUGCUCUUACAGCCAGCUCGAUGGGCGUGGGUCUGGGUCCAAAAAUCGAUGUCUGUGAACUUCCGCAUUCCCAGCGAGGACUUUGCAGGGCUGCCAUGCGCCGCUGGUCUUACGAUGCGGCGAACAGGGUAUGCACCAGGUUCAUCUGGGGCGGCUGCGGUGGCAACGAAAAUCGUUUCGAAUCCCAGCGUGAAUGUGAGGCAACAUGCAUGGAGUAAAAUUUAGCAAUAAAUGUAUUAAUAAUACUGUUUAAA